AUACAGACAUAUAAAUGCAACAUUUUAGUUCGCUAAAUAUUAGGGUAGUAUGAUUUAUAUUUAUAUACAUAUGUAUAAAUUUACUCUAAAUUUUUACUAAGAAAAAACAUUUCCAAUCGCUUUUUGAAUUUCCCGAUUUCCCGAAUAUCCAUACUUUUUGACAUAUAUGUCAGAUUUGACUUUGACAGUGACAGUAAACAUUUUCCUUUUCGAUUAUUUGGGAAAAGCGACGAAGACGGAAAUUUUCUUUGAUUGUUGAGUGAAAAAGGUCAAUAUCUUCCAAAAGAAGUCGGCCACUGUGCUUAGAGCAGUUAUCUAAUCGUUUUUAUUGAUUAAUGGUUAUUAUUCGUUAUAUUAUUGUUGAUAAGGUUUGUUUAGAAUGUCAAGUAAGGAGGAUUUAGUUAAUCAAGAGCCGGAAAAUGAGAUUCUAAACGCUGGAGGUUUACGCCGAAGAAAUUUUGUUACGUCUGCUCAGGAGAAAAUUGAACAAGCUUCUCAACUUAUUAGAAGAAAAAUACCGUAUUCAGGCCAUUUUUUGGCACCUAAACGAUUGUGGUUGAAAAGGGUUUCUACGCCAAAUUGUGAUGUUGUUAUUACCUUUCCGCCAGAAACUAAGGACUCCUUACUGCUGUGGUUAUUGUCGAAAUUAAGACAGUCUCCAGGAUUAACAGUUCAUGUGCGACAUCACACUUCUACUAGAUCUAGUGCUUUCUAUGUUACCGCGCCAUUUACAGUACUUCUUAGAGCCGCUGAAGAAUACCAUCUACCAAAAGCACUUAAGGAAGAUAAAGGUGGAGGCCUCAAAGAAUUUUUUGUACAGGAUUAUAUUUCUUACGAAAAUGCCGAAGACGAAAAACUUUUCUUUACGACUGAAGAAAGACAGUGGCUGGUUUUGCACAUUCUGGAAAGCAUUCGAGCGAAAUCUUCCGAUGUAGAUGUGAUUCCAGAAUUCCCUCUUAUAGAGGGCCAACCCAUAAUUCCCAAAUGUCUUACAACAGGGAUGAUAUCUCAAGUCUUUCCUUUGCACGAUCCACCUGCCUUAGAAAAACUGCAAAAUUGUUGGGUGCGGGACGUUUUUAACAAACAACCUCUAGAUGAAAUUACUGACUAUUUCGGAGUUAAAAUUGGAAUGUAUUUUGCAUGGUUAGGACACUAUACAACCGCUCUUAGUAUACCUGCGAUAUUCGGUUUUAUAUUUUGGUUAUGCUGUAAUGGAAAACAUCAAACUUUGGAAGACGUAGGUUACGUAAUGUUUUCAAUAUUUAACGUCGUAUGGGUUACCACAUAUCUGCAAGCUUGGAAACGUUACUCAGCCGAGUUAGCGUUCCGUUGGGGUACUCUGGAUCAACGGGAUAAUCUUCUAGCAGAACCCAGACCAUUAUUUAGGCUGCCUCGACAUGUUAUAAUUUGUUCUCAGGGUCCAUUAGAAACUAGUCCGGUGACCAAGAGGCUGGAACCUUACCAUCCGCCAUGGAAGAGACACGUCUUUCGAUAUUUCGUGUCAGUACCUAUUAUCACAGUCUGCUUGAUUGCAGUAUUUUGUAUUAUGAUUGUUUCGCUGCAAAUUCAAGACUACUGGGACAGUUUUCUUCGGAAUCACGGGUUGCCACAUUGUUUCGGGUAUUUACCAAAAAUAAUGUUGGCUGUUAUUAUUUCCCUAAUGGACGAAGCCUACUUUAAAAUUGCUAUCUGGUUAAACGAUAAAGAAAAUUACCGACUUGAGACAAAAUACGAAAACCAUCUCAUUGGAAAAGUUGCUCUGUUCCAAUUCGUGAAUUCAUUUCUAUCGUUGUUUUAUAUCGCUUUUUAUCUACAAGACCAAGCUAGACUUAAAGAGCAAUUGGCUGCAUUGUUGAUUGCUCGCCAAGUGAUAGGAAACCUUAAAGAGUCAGCUUUGCCGUAUAUGCUGGAACACAUGCGAUUGGCUAAACUCAGCUUCGAUAUGUGGGGAGCCUUGAGCCCCCUGGGCAAUAAGUCGCCACCCGGAACCGCAGAAACUCCCGAAACUCAAAGCAACGAAACAAAAGACGAUAAUUCUGAACUGAAUACAAAGAGGACAAUGAGCCAAGCUGAAUUAGAAAGUACUCUAUAUAAGUAUGAUGGAACGUUUGCUGAUCAUUUAGAAAUGACGAUACAGUUGGGAUAUGUAAUUUUAUUUUCUUCAGCUUUUCCUCCAGCUGCGUUGUGUGCGAUGCUUAAUAAUUUAAUAGAAAUUAGGAGCGACGCCUUCAAACUUGCAUACGUUUGUCAACGACCAUUCGGUCAAAGAGUGCCUAACAUUGGAACAUGGCAGAAUUGUAUGGAGCACAUGAGCAUUAUGGCUGUGUUGGUCAAUUGCGCCCUGAUUGGCCUUUCGGGACAAGUACAUCGAAUGUUUUCAGACAUGACAGCCACACAAACUAUAUUAUUAAUCGUAGCAUUAGAGCACAUAAUGUUAGUUAUAAGGUUCAUUAUAACUUGCGCCAUUCCGGAUAUUCCUGGAUGGUUAGCCACGGAAAUGGCUAAGAUAGAAUGGGCUCGAAGAGAGGCCAGCAGGAUGUCAAAUAAUACUCCAUCUCCAGAAGAAAAUACUUCAAAGCUGAUAGGAAGAUUUUCCGUUUCUCCUAGCCACACUGUAUCCCACGCACCAGAAAGCUUAAAGAAAUCUAUGGAGAAACUACGACAGCACGAUUUAGAGUUAUCCAAAGAGACAACACCAGUUCCCACUCCGACAACUCCAGGUGCUUCCUCGUCGAACACUUCUUCAGGACACAGCCACAGAAAUACAGGAGGAAUUACCAUAGAUAGUAUACCGGAAAUACCUCCAUUUAGACCUAGAAAAUCGAAGGAAUGGACACCUCCACCAGUUGAGGCCGAUUCCAUGCACCAUUUAACCAUUGGUCCUGGAGGAGUUGAAUGGGCUCGAAGAUUAAAAGAAGACUCAGAAAUACAUCGAAGUACCGAUUGCAUUGCUCCAAAAGACGCGUCUAGUUCAGAUUCAGAUCUACUAAAAAGUAGCCCAUUAUGGCCUCCAAGGCCAAGAUCGCCACCCCAAAUACCUGCAAGAGCACGCCCUUUGGUCCCUCAAGACCCAUCGCUUAGUGAUAGUGCUAAAAGCGUUUCCAGCCAGGAGACUCCAGAAGAGGCUGCAGCUAAAGCUGCGGCAGAGGAGUUAGCGGCUAAGAAGACUAGAGUGAAACAGAGCCUUAUGAAACGCGCAAGAUCGGUGGCCAUAUUCUCCCUAAAAUUAAAAGAACGCCGAGCAAGGGAAGCUCAAGAAAAGGGUUUGAAGCCUCCCGUUACGCCAACUGCCCCUCUUCCACCACCCCAACAAGGAGGCGAGUUAGCUUGUAUACCUAUUGAAAAGCUUAUCCAACUUGACGAUUUGAAACGUCUACCGAAACCUUCUAACAGCCAACCAGGUGCUUUGUAGCAACAUUCUCCGAACUGACAUCGAUAAGUAAGACAUAAGGUCAUUUUUCAGUCUUCAAAUUUUGUAAUAAGUGAAGAACAUGAGUCUGAGAUAUACUUUUUAAAAAUUAUUGUAAUUUUUUUUCGAUGUAAGUAUCUCCUACUAUUAAUUAAGUUAUUUUAUUGUUUAUGUUAUUCUACCUCUGACUAUCAGAUAGUUAGAUGAUCUGUUGUUUUUGUAAUUAAUACGUACAUGUAUGUUGAAGGUAAAGGGUAUUUUUAUAUAAAAAAACAUUGUUAAAUAUAGGAAUUGUAGAGAAUUAUUGUCUUUUGGUGUAUAGCAAAGGUAUAAAUAAGCAAACUAUUUAUGUUGAACAAUGAAUGUUUGCCUAAAUGAUGGUAUAUGUGAUGCUAUGUUAAUAAAUUAGCUCAAUAUUGCAAAAAUCAAUCAAAAAUAUUUUUCAGUAGAAAAAAUAUCAACGAGAACUUUGAAUCGACCAGCAAUCGAUUAUAGAAUCGAAGGAUAUAAAAUGAAUCGAAUAUCAUCGAGAACUUAGAACAAUUGAGUAAAUUGUUUCUAGAGAUAUCAACUAAUGAAAUGAAAUUUGAGAAUAAAAGUUUUUGUGCAAUGUUUCGAUAUGUAUAGGCUGUGCAUUAGGAGCCUAAAAGUUAAUUAUUCCAAAAAGAUAUGACAAUUAAAAACCAAAACUGAUGACUCACUUUCUGUAUCAUGCAUUCUUUGUCGUUCUUCUUUAACUGCAAUCCUAAGAAAAGUGCACAAAAAAAGAAAAAUGUCUACAUUUCAAAGUGCUUAAGAGCAAACAGUAGCGGUCAACAGGUAGCAACAAGCGCGUUCCAAGAUUGCGGCUCUAAUUUUGAAUAUUUUGUCGAGAUAUUUGGCACACAUAUUCAUAAUAUAAUAAAAAAUUGCGGUACAGAGCCCAAUUUCAGAAAUAUUUUAGUAUGUGGAAAUUACUCUAUAACUAAAUAAAAUAUUGAAAAAAGGAGCCUGUACCGCCACUAAGAAGAACAAAAAAAUAAACUUUCUUCAAAUAAACUUUUUUAUCCCGUGCCUAGAUUUUGUGUCACAUUGGAACUACUAAAAAUCGAUUUUUUUAUAACAAGAAAUCGAACGUCACUGACUUGGCAACAUUUCGCGCCUAUGCGUAUAAAAAUUAUUGUUUUUGAUAGUAUAAACGUCACUGAGAGUGUCGAAUUACCGACGCACUGUUGCCUCACUUUUGAAAGUUCGCAGAACUUUCGCAAUCUUGGGCCCCGUUUGUUGCUACCUGUUGAUCGCUACUGUGUGCUCUUAAGACAUUUCUUUUUACACAUAUUUGUAUAUGAGUGGCCGUAUAACGACUGUGGCCAUUAUCUAAGUAAAAUAAAUAAUAUUGUAUGUUAAUUUAAUCAACUAUAACUCUUUAAAAUUGUAGUCUUUCCGCUGUAGGACCACUAUUAGAUCUAUAAAUCGGCCCUCUAUUUGACAGCUUGACAGUGUUGCCACAACGUACGACGGCCUGUUCAAAUAUGGUCCAUAUUUUAGGCCAUGGUUUAGGCGUAUCACGCAUUUUGCUAGUGAACUAAUCUGAAAAAGUGUAUAACAUAGAAAUAUUUGCAAAUAUGGAUAAAUUCUUCUUUAGAAAAAUAAAUAAACAAGGCUUGUCAAAACUUAUUUGAUUGCUCUUUUCAGUAAAUCAUAGAUUUUGUUUUUAAUAUUUUCUUUCUCAAGUUUUCUUGCUUGCCAUUUAGUUGUAUGAGCACAUCUUAGGGGUCGCGUCACAUAGAUGUAGAAUAUAUUAUAACGCUUAAUUAUAUUAUUUUUGUUUGAUUAGUAAUCUUAGUAUCUUAGUAAAGGUCUUUCUUUUUAAAAAUGAAUAACCAUUUUCAAUUUCGUUGCAAAACGAAAAUACAGCCGAACCAUAUUCUAGUCCAAUCAGAGAGUGCAGCAAACACCUCUACCGGUUUCGAAACUUAUUAGUCUCUCAUCAGGAGGCACAUAUGCUGCUCUCCCUGAUCCAACCAAAACAAACCCCAGCGUGCAGUCCCGGAUUGCAACGAACGAAAUGGCAUAGAUGCCCUAGCGGCAACUGCUAUCAAAAAAGCCUAAGUUUUCACUCUAAUGGCAUAUAAAACAACAUAAUGCUAUCCUACAU